AAAUUUUGGAAUCAUCGUCUUUAAUCUUUUAAUCGGCGUGAUACGUGGUUUCCCAUCUUUCUCAUACAGUCUUGGGUGGUGAUCAGCUGGGUGUCAUGCAUUCAAAGAUAAACCUCACUUUUUUCAUAGUGCUCUCUAACAAAAGGGAUCGUUUUGCAAAUAAUGCUCUAACGCCUCUGCUGGAAUGUCUCGAGGGACUGCAUUGAGGACCUCGGUAUCUCUCACCUCUUUGGGAUGGCUCUACUUGGUUCAGGGCAUCCCGUAUGGGCUGCAAGACAAGUUCAUUCCCAUUCAGCUUCGUUCUCGGGGACUGCAGUACUCAAGUGUUUCCCUAUUGAAAGCCCUGCUAUUUCCAUGGGUUGCAAAAGGACUGUGGGCUCCUUUAGUUGAAGUCCUCGGGGGCAAACACUGCUGGUUAUUGGUGUCACUUGUUGCGCUUAGUGCCUCAGCAUAUGGAGGGUCACUUGUUAUCCCAGAAGAUGUCUUUGAGAUUGGAUGCGUCCUUCUGUCUCUUAACGUGUUCUCGGCCAUCCAGGAUAUUGCCGUUGAUGGGCUGGCGCUUGAAGUCCUCCGAGAUGAACACCUUGGGCUCGGAAAUACCAUACAGGUGGUCCUCUACAAAGUUGGCUGUCUGUUAGGUGGUGCUGGACUCACUCUUUUAUUAGAUCUCACCAACUGGAAGAUCACUUUCAACUUCCUUGCCUUUUUAUAUCUUUUCACUGCUGCUUGGUCCAUACAUCUGCCCACUAGCAGUAACAUGCUUGUUAAAUACUCUGUUGUGGAUGAAGAGAACAAGCAGAAAAGUACUUCCAAGGCCGAGAAAGAUUCCCAGGUGAACCUAGACGGUGCUCGGGAUAGGAGUCAGUGUAAGGCCAAGUCAGAAUCCCAGAUAAAGAGAGUUUUCAGUAUCAUAAGGGAGGUUGUUACCACACCAGGAACAGGAUGGCUCAGCCUGUAUGUUCUCUUAUACAAGAUGGGAGAGAGAGGAGCAAUAAACAACAUGCCUCUCUUCCUUUUGGAUAAAGGUAUGUCAAAACAUCUUCUGGCUUUCUGGAAUGGCUCGGUUUGUCAAGGUUUGUCCAUUCUCGGCUCAUUCUAUGGAGGCAUCGCUCUAGCAAAUAAGGAUGCUGACAUUAAACAUGUGUUACUGUUACAUUCUGUGUACAGAGUGUUUGCUGUACUGGUAAUGCUAGUCUUGAUAACAUUGUGGAAUGAACAUUACAUAUCUAUUUAUUUUUCCUCUGGUAUAGUAAGUAUGUGUUCUCUUAGUUUCACCAGUGGCGUUAUAUCUACUGCGUCAUUCACUCUCAUGAUGAAAGUGAGUAGAGUGUGUAAGGGGGAGACUCAAGCUAGCCACUAUAGUGCUUUGGCCUCAAUUGAGAUUGCUGGUAAACUUGUAUUUGCAACUCUGGCAGGUUUCAUAAUUGAGUCUCUUGGCAUGGCAUCAGCAUUUUUGACUUUUACUGUGUUGUGUACACUGCCUUGCAUGGUACUUAUGAUAAUCCCAGAUCAUCUGUGUCAUCUGAAAAAUGACUGAAAAUAAAUGAUUUAAAAAUCA